AUGGUCAAUGUGCUAUUAAUCGUUGAACUGUCUGGACCCGAUGCCGUCCAUGGGUUCAUUCCUGCGGCUCUACUCGACUACGAGCGCUCCAAUACUGGAAUUGAUCGCACCGACAGCGUCAAAUAUGGAACCUUCACCGUGGUUAAGGACAUGCAUACCCGCAAGUCAAUGAUGGCAACUCGAGUGCAAAAAGGUGGUCUCGGCAGUGGAUUUUUAGCACUCAGUGGCGGCAUAGGUACAAUCGAAGAGUUGAUGGAAACGGCAACAUGGCAACAACUUGGGAUUCAUGACCGUGCUGUGUGUAUAUUGAACGUUGAAGGAUUCUGGGACGGGCUUGUGGCUUGGAUGGAGGAAUCUGUGGUCAAGUCAGGGUUCCUUGCUGCGGACCACUGGAGCUCCAUUGGGGUGGAGGAGACUGCCGAGGGCGCCAUUCGAUGGCUGGGCGAAUGGCAAUCCGCUAGAACUAUCAAUUUGGAAUGGGGGGUCAAGUCCAGCCAUGUUGAUAUUUGA